AUGGAGGCCGACAGCUUCAACGGAGUCCGCGACAUUUUGGGCUCCUCGUACACCCGAGUGGCAGCAGAGUCGCUGGGCGAGAGAGCCAGCCAGCUGCCAGCGUUCACACUGCAGCAGCAGCAGCAGCAGACACAGCAGCAGCAGCAGCAGACACAGCAGCAGCAGCAGCAGACACAGCAGCAGCAGACACAGCAGCAGCAGCAGCAGCAGACACAGCAGCAGCAGCAGCAGCAGACACAGCAGCAGCAACAGCAGCAGACACAGCAGCAGCAGCAGCAGCAGACACAGCAGCAGCAGCAGACGGCGGCGACGCAGCUCUUCCGGGGUAGGGCGGUGCAGCAGACCUCUGCGCUAGGGUCGGGGGACAUUUUCGCGCUGCAGCCCAAGGCCGUGGGCUCUUCUCUGCUGUACAGACUCACCAGCUACUUGGCGCUGCAUGCAGUCAAAAUAUGCGGCAUCCAGGGUUUGGGCGUUUUGGAGCGUGGGUGUCUCUUGGUGUCGGCAGUGCGGCUGGAAGGACAGGCGCGCGCUGAAGAGCUAAGAAAGCCAGAGGCUAAGCAGCAAGAGGAGACAGGGCAGCUGAGGAGACAGCAGCAGCAGCAGCAGCAGCAGCAGCAGAGUUGUGGGGUUUCUGCAGCUGCGUGGGGUGGCUGCCGCGAGGGCCGCGUGGACUUGGUGGUUUCGAGCAGCGACAAAAACUUCUUGACCCCUGUGGGGGGGGCCCUGGUGUAUGGCCCAGACCCCAAGUGA